UGCAGCAGGGUGGGUUCAUUGCUGCAAAGCUUGGUGCCGAGUGAGAGAGCAGCAAAGCGAGAGUGUGCGUGCGUGGGCGUGUCGCGCCAUGAUGAAGAGGCUGGUGGUCCUGAGGAGGCGGGAGCCGGCGGUGAGGUUCAGCUGCUGCGGCGUCAGGUACGGCGAGUGCCGCCGCAACCACGCGGCCAGCACCGGCGGCCACGCCGUCGACGGCUGCCGCGAGUUCAUCGCCGCCGAGGACGGCGGCGGCGGCAACAGCACAAGCGCCGUGGGCGUCGCCGCGGCGGCGCUCAAGUGCGCCGCCUGCGGCUGCCACCGCAGCUUCCACCGCAGGGUGCAGGUGUACGAGGUGGCCUGGGACGACGACUGCGCCUCCGGCGACACCUCCUCCUCCUCGCCGUCGUCGUCGUCCUCGUUGAGCAGCGAGUAGACCAGCUGCGGCAAUGGCGGCGGCGCGCCGCCGCCGCAGCUGCCGUCUCCGGCCGGUGCAUCGUCAUGCUGCAUGCCUAGGAUAUGAUCAGACCUCGCGAUUGUUAAUUAAUUAAUUAAUUAAUUAAUUAUUAGCUUGUGUAAUCUGUAUACCCAUGGAUUGAUUGACCCUAUUCCCCCCAAGUGAUUAUUUGCUCUCAUCUCUAAUUAAUCAAUUAAUUAAUGCCUUAUUUUAACUUUUUUCC